UGAUAACAAACCAUACAAAGUUCAUCUCUCGAAGGUAUUGUUGAGAAUGGACCUUGACGACUACGUCAUUUCAGUGGUUCAAAUCCCGCCAGGCUACACUUCUAAAAUGCUUCUAGACACCUGCAAUCCUCAAGUAGAAAAAUUUCUUCGAAAGUUUAUGAAACGGUUAGUAAAGAAACCAGGUGCACUCUUCUCUCGUGUUUUACCGACUUCAAGUGAUGAAGGUGAUUCUCUCAGCCUGUGUGUUACAGAUUGUCAAACCCCUUACAUACCUUAUGUAAUAAAAGGAUCCGAUUCAUCUUGGCAUAUACGUCAGUUCCCCACACACAGACUGUCUGUUUGUUCACUAAAAAAUAACAAUGAUUGUGUUAUAUUAGAUGAGAAUAAAGAAGAACCUAGCCGUAAGUUAUUAAAACGAGCUCAUCCAGUUCGAGAAACCAGUCCUCAAUUAGUCAUCUCUAGCGAUGAAGAAGUCAGUCGACCAUCAAAAACGCGGAAAAUUGAAUCAAGAUGAAUACUAAUUAGAAGACUUUUUGUACUGAUAUAUAUUUUUGCAAUAAGAAUAAUUUACAAAUAUACAGAUGUAUC